AUGGGUUUCCAGGAUCACUUAUGGGUAGCUGGGCAUCCAAAGGAGCAAUCACGUCAGACACCAACUACACCCAAGGAUACGGCAAAACCACUUGAAGGCAUCAGCAGCAGCAGUAGUAGCGACAGUGAUGACAAAGACCUGGGAUCACCCGAAGGUGAAGAUUCGAAAUGUGGAGAACUCCAGCGCCACUGCCAAGAUUUGGAAAAGGCCAGAAAGGAAAGAGUCAAGAGAGAAAAGGAGGCAACGAAACAGGAGCGUAAGACUUCCAAAAAGGGUGAUUCCACAAAGGCCCAAAAGAAGCCUCCAAAGAAGACUGGCACACCCAAGAAGACCAAGCAAAAGCUUCCCAAAUCACCAUGCAAGGAGGUCAAGCAAAAGAAACCUCCAGAAAAACCCAAGCCCAAACCCAAAAAGGGCAAACCGAAGAAGAAAGUGUCUGAUACUAAGACUGCUGGGGUAGCGGAACCUUCUAGAAAACGACGUACAGAGGUCAGCAAAUCUGCAAGGCGGAGAAGCACUGCAACUCAGGAAUGGUCUUACCAUAAAAUGCUAAAGGCUGGGGAAGAUUUCUACUGCCACAACCACAACUGCAGGGCAAGGAUCGCUUUGAUGGACCCUUUCUUCACACACAGAAGGCCCCCCAAUGAGAAUGGGGAGGACCAGGAAGUGUUGCACUACCACACCGGCUGGUAUUGCCUGGGCAUUCCUGUCACCGACAGAGAAGGUUUCCUUGCGGCCGACUUUGGAGACGGUCGUGGUGCUUCUGUGCAAAAUAUGUGUGAGGAUUUCUGGAAGUUGGAGGAGAAGCAGAGGAUGGAUCAGAAGUCUGGUAGAGCUGAUGAGGCCCAUGGUGAGGCUGAUUGA